UGUUUCAUUCAGUUGAGCCAACGUGAUCCAAGGCAAACGAGACCCGGCGUGUCUCUAACGAAUCGUUUACUUAUCGUUCAUCGCUUUUCCGUUUCGUAUCGGUUUUCUACUUCGUAUGCACGCACAGUGAAACUAUCGAAUUCGUUAAUUAUUUCUUGAAACAGUUGAAUUAUCUUCUCUCGAUGGUGUCCAUUUCACGUCUCACAAUAAUUGGAAAAUUUCUACAAUUACGAUAAACGUUGCCCGGGAUAUAAUACAAUACUACUAUGAAGAUGAGAAAGUAAAAGUACUAAAAGUUGCAGCGGUGGGUGUGUGAGAAUGAAAAAGAAAACCUUGCCUCUAACAAUAAGUGAUAAUAAUUGUUAUUUUUAAAACAUAAACGUUUAAAAUAUAAAUCUAUUUCCUAUCAAAUGGCAAGCAAAAUCUUGGAAACUAACACCCACGACAUGCACAAAAUACAUAGAACGCGCAGAAGCAAGAACACAACGAUUACGUCGACAACGUUACUUUUAUGUAAUGCAUUACAUAGUAAACGCGUGUUAUUAAGUGAAAAUCACUGUUUUCUUCGUCAUUUAUAUAUCAAAGAUUUCCAUUAACGAAAUAUUAUUUCAUGCCAAGUCAAACAUAUCAGAGACUAAGACUAAAAUAAAAACGCAAAUAAGAAGCAACAAAGCGCAAAGUUAUUAAAUCACGUGAUCGAAUUAUUAAUUAGCAAAGUGACGGAUUGUGAGAAUUGUCAAAGAUCGAUAUUAAACAGUUUGAAUUUGUUUAAAUCUGCUUCGGUAUGGCGCCGCCAGAAGGGGAAGAACAUCGUUCGAUGUUAGGAUACCAUGCAGCCAAUUACGAUGCAAAGAUAAUACAGGUUGGCGAUGUUUGCGAAGACAUUGAAAAUAAUAAUACUCGAGAUAAAGAUAGCACUUUGGACGAAAAAUGUGACACGAUAUAUUACUCGUCAAAUUCCAAAGGUAUAUUCGCACAGUGCUUGGUAUCUGGUGCGGUAUUAUUGCUACUAACCGGUGGAGGAAUGCCAAUUGGUUACAGUGCAAUUUUGUUACCGCAAUUGGCCGAAGAAAAUGGUACGAUGUACGCUGAUCGGCAACUUGGAUCCUGGAUAGCUUCGGUUCAUAGUCUAGCAACACCUGUCGGAUCUUUGGUGUCCGGCCCAUUGUUGGACGAGAUCGGCAGGCGUGGAUCUUUACAAUUUGCAGCGGUACCGCUGUUCGUUGGAUGGUUCGUCAUAGGUUUUGCUAAAAACAUUUCCUGCCUUUUGAUAGGAAGAGUCAUACUAGGUUUUGGUGUCGGCCUAAUGGGAGUACCAGCUCAGGUGUUACUGGGUGAAACGGCUGAUUCGACGCUUCGUGGAUUUCUGACAGGAAGCACGCUCACCUUUUAUUGCCUCGGUAUUGUCAUCAUUUACGCGUUAGGAGCUUGUUUUACGUGGGACAUCGUGGCUCUAUGCGGAUCCGUUCUUCCCAUAACAGCACUGAUUGCGUUAAUCCUGAUUCCGGAAAGUCCUGCUUGGCUCGUAAGCCGCAAGAAACCCGACAAGGCGAGAAAAGCGUUGCUGUGGUUGAGAGGAGGUAACGUGCAACAGGUUGACGCCGAAAUGAGAAUAUUGGAAGCUCGAACGAAAACAGAUUUAGCACGGACGGCUACGACCACGACGUCACGGCUCGGACAAAUUUCUUCUGUCGUUUCUACGCUCCUCGAUCCUAGUGUUUUGAAACCACUAACCAUCAUCAAUAUCUUUAAUAUUCUUCAGUUAAUAAGUGGGACAUUUGUCAUCGUUUUCUAUGCAGUAAAUCUCGUCGAAGAUAUCGGUGGUGACAGGAUAAAUAACUAUUUGGCAGCGGUAAUUACGGCCGUUACUAGGGUCUUGUUUAGUUCGAUAGCGAGCGUUUUAUUGUUGAAAAUAAAUAGAAGAUAUCUAGGAAUGUUCUCUGCUGUGGGCACGGCUUUCGCUUCCUUGAUCCUCGCGGGAUAUUUAUUGAUUCAGCAAGAAUCUUCUAUCGACGUUUACGUUGUUGGUAUUUUUCUGUUGGCCUACGUGGCAGUCAGCUCCAUGGGAUUGAUGACAUUUCCAGGGUUAAUGGUUGCCGAGUUACUUCCGCAAAGGGCUCGAGGAAUUGGCGGUGGUUGCAAUUUCUUCUUUUUCAACUUGUUCAUCUUUAUAGUUACAAAAUCUUUCCCCGCGGUAAGCGACGCGGUAGGCAUUACUGGAAUUUUUGCAAUUUUUGGCAUUUCCGCCCUUUUGGAGGCAAUAUUCGUUUACGUUGCUUUACCGGAAACGAAAAAUCGCACGCUUCAAGAAAUUGAGGAUUACUUUCAGCAAGAUAACUUACUUUGGAUCACUCGUUCGAGAUAAAGGACAAGUGACGGAGUCAUUCAUCGUCCUACGUAAAGAUUCGUACUUUAAAAUGUACAAGCGUAAAAUUUAUAUACAAUAUAGGUAAUUAUAAUCGACGAAUUAUGUCGACGCGGCAAUUAUUUAUUUGUUCAAACCGAUUCUCAAACGUUGGACGGGCCCUUGAAAGUUUAAGGUUUAAUUUUCAAAAGUUUAAUCACCGCCUCUCCGAUGUUUCUCAAGGUAAUUUCAAAAUAGUUUUCGAAAGUUCGACAUCGUCGCGUCCGUCGACAAAUUGUAAGAAUAGAACGAAAAAUCAACGUUUAACUCCGCGUUUAACUUUACGCUUUAACCGACCGAAUAACUCGGCCGAAUAACAGCUUGCUGCAAAGUUCCGCGAGCGAAUCCUCGUUCUCGGAUAUUUAAUAUGGAAUAUCGCCGAGAACCGAUCGUCUUCUUCCUAUUUCGCCGCCAGUUCCACGUUCCAAUUGUGACUCUGGCAUUCUACCGGUUGUGACUGUCAAAUGGCCGCAAUAGCGUACACGAAAAAUCUCCUCGGGCAACGAACAUGCUCGAUAGUCGAUCAACGAGUAUACACGAUCUCUUAUAUUUCCUAACAACAUCCUACAAAGGAUUCAAAAACUUUGUGACAAUUGGAACGUAUGUACCAAAAGAUUUAUUUCCUCCUAAAACGUACAUUUAUCCUAUUUACGAUAUUUAUGUAUAUACGUGUAAAUAAAUAUUCUCUUUCGUCA